AUGAAGUCUCGUUUCACGACCUUGGAUGUAACUGCUGCUGUGAAUGACUUAAAAUUGCUAGAGGGUAUGCGAAUCGUAAAUGUUUACGAUAUCAAUCACAAAACUUAUAUCAUGAAGCUGUCCCGAGGAACUGAUAAGGCUCUGAUACUGUUCGAAUCGGGCAUUCGCAUCCAUCGUGUAUUUCAUGAGUAUCAGAAAGCUCCGUUUCCAUCCAGCUUCAGUCAGAAGUUGCGUAAGCAUUUGAACAACCGCAGGCUCUGGAAAGUUUCUCAGUUAGGUAUGGAUCGUAUAGUUGAUCUUCAAAUUGAUGACGGAGACCGUGCUGUCCAUGUAAUUGUGGAGUUGUACGACAGAGGUAAUAUUGUUCUGACUGAUUCCUCGUAUAUCAUCCUUAACAUACUUCGUCCGCGAACUGAUAAAGACAACGAUGUGCGACUCGUUGUCAGAGAAAGGUAUCCACUGCCCGCCUCUCGAUCAAUCCCUCCAUUGCCUUCUGUUGACGAAAUGGCGAAAGUCUUGAGGGAGUGCGACCCAAAAAUCACUCUGAAGCGUGCUGUGGCCCAGCCCGGACUCUAUAGUGGUGCUCUAAUUGAACAUGCGCUCCUUGCCGAAGGCUUGAAUCCCGAUUCCCAGGUUUCUCAACAAGGAGUCGAUUGUGCCGCACAUGUUGUCAGUGCGUUUGGCAUUGCGGCGAGAAUUACGGGAGAAAUUUCGAGCGGGUGUCUGUGUCAGGGUUAUAUCCCGUAUAUGCGUGACAAGCGUACCGAUGGGACAGAAAUAGUGAUAUUUCAGGAGUACCAUCCCUACCUCUUCGCACAACACGAGAAUGGCUUCUACGUCACACACGGAUCAUUCUCUGAAGCCGUAGAUGCAUUCUAUGCUGCUCAAGAAGCGCAGAGACAGCAGCAAAACGCCUUGAAAAUGGAAAAGGAGGCUAUGAAAAAGUUGGAAAAUGUGAGAAAGGAUCAGUAUCGUCGUAUCACAGAACUCGAAGAAAGUCGUGAGGAGAAGAUGAUCAUGGCCGAUUUGGUCAUAUUUAACCAGACUCUCGUAGAUUCCGCAAUCAGCAUAAUAUGUAACGCCCUGGCUCAAAAAGCCACAUGGGACGAGAUAGAACGAAUGCAUGCUCAGGCAGCAAAUAGCGGCGAUCCAGUCGCAAGAGCUAUUGUUAAACUAGAUCUCGCAAACAACAAGAUCGUAAUGCGCUUGAGUGAGGAUUUUGAUGGAAUGUCUGCGAAGGACGUCCCAAUCGACAUCGGUAUGACAGCGUUCAACAACUCAUGCAUGCUUUACCAAGGCAUGAAAGCAGCAUCUGAGAAGAUUGUACGUACCGAAGCAGCCGCUGACAAGGCUGUCAAAAAUGCAGAGGACAAAGCGAGUGACACUAUAAAACAGGUUCAUGUACGCGCCGAUACCGCAAAAAUCAGGAAGGAAAUGUGGUUCGAAAAAUUCAUUUGGUUCAUCUCAUCGGAAAAUUAUAUUGUGGUUGUAGGACGGGAUGCUCAGCAGAAUGAACUACUGGUGAAAAGAUACUUGCGACCUGGGGACAUCUACGUGCAUGCGGAUGCUCAUGGUGCGGCUUCUCUUGUUAUCAGGAACAAGGCGGGUGGUGGAGCGAUCCCUCCUAAAACCAUGACCGAAGCCGCACAAAUGGCCAUUUGUUGCUCAAGUUCGUGGAGCUCACAUGUUAUCUCGUCCGCGUGGUGGGUGUACGACCAUCAGGUCUCAAAAGUUGCUCCAUCUGGAGAGUACCUGUCUCAUGGUAGCUUUAUGAUCAGAGGGAAGAAGAACUUCAUGCCCGCUAGCCCAUUGGUCCUCGGUUUCGGCAUCCUGUUUCGACUUGAUGAAGCAAGCGUUAUUAAUCGCAAACAGAAUCUAGUGCAAGUUGACGACGGCUCUAACAACUCUUACGCCAACGUCGAAGAAAAGGUUGAAAUGGAAGAACUGCUAGUGGAACAGGAACCGGAGGAUGUCGAUAAAGCUGACGAAGAAUACCCGGAUAUUCAACUCGACGUCCCAACUGUUAAUUUCCGCAGCGAGGUAGCCGCUGCUGAGGACUACUCUGUCAUCGAAUUCAACACGAAGAGUCGUCCUAAAAAACAAGUUCCAGUUAAGGAAAAGGAAACCUUGGAAUAUCUGGAGAAAAAGAAGGAAGAGGAACGCAAGGCGAAUGCGAACAAGAAGGGUGGGAAGCGCCAGAAGCAUAAAAUGGAUAAAAUCCGAAAGAAGUACCGUGAUCAAGAUGAGGAUGAACGUGAAAUGCGCCUCGCUCUUCUCGGAAGUAGAGGCAACCCAGGAAAAACUGAGAGUCAAACAGCGGCUGGGAAGAAGCAAGAAGAUAUGAAGACAAAGAAGGGUGGGGCUGAUGACAGAAGAGUGAUGCAGGACAGCGCUCAGAUCCUCGCCGGAGAUGAUCGUGAAACAAAGGAAUGUAAUGAUCAUGCUCACCACAAGGAGGAAAAUGGUGAAGAAUUACGCGUACAGCAGCCUUCGAAGGGAGAUGAGCAGCUGAACAACGAGUUAGACCAGAUUGCAACGCUUCACAUAGAUGACCGUCAAGAUGCAAGGGAAUCUUCAGCAGUGGAGCAUGGUGACCACCUCAACAAAGAUGUCACGGGUGAAGAUGACGAUGGAAAAGAAGAGAUCCUCGCUUCGGAGGACAGCGAAGGUGUGAUCGCUCAGCUUACGAGUAACCCCAUUUCUGAGGAUGUACUCCUGUAUGCUGUUCCUAUGGUCGGGCCAUAUCAGGCAUUUAGUCAUUUCAAGUACAAAGUGAAGAUAACGCCAGGAACGGCCAGGAAGGGCAAAGCUGGUAAAGCCGCACUGGAUCUUUUCCUUCGUAUGAAGAAAGGUGAUCCGCGUGAACAAGCACUUAUUCGUGCGCUCGUAGGAGAUGAAAACGCUUGCCGCAACAUUCCCAAGGGGUGUCGCGUGUCAGCUCCUCAGCUGUACGCAAAAUGA